AUGUCAUAUGAUUUCGGUGAUCAUCAAAUCGAUGCUGAUCAAGUGUUCUAUAUAUCUCCAAGUAAAUUAAUUUAUGCAACAGUUAAUCUGAAACCAAUCGUAGAGGGACAUGUAUUAAUUGUACCAGUUCGUAAAGUAGUUCGAAUUAAAGAUAUGACACGCGAUGAAUUAUAUGAUUUAAUAUCAACAGCCGAGUUAGUUGGCAGGACUUUGGAACAGAAUUUAAAUGCAACAGCACAAAAUGUAGCUAUACAAGAUGGAAAAGAAGCAGGUCAAAGUGUGCCUCAUGUUCAUUGCCAUAUACUGCCCCGCAAAGCCGGUGAUUUUGAACGCACUAAUGAUGUUCAUGAACUAUUAGAAAAACAUGAUGCUACACCCUUGACCAAGACGGAUAAAAAACAGUCACAAAUGGUAGUGGAUGAUGAUAAACGUAAACCGCGAACGAAAGAAGAAAUGAAAGAAGAAGCUACUAAAUAUCGACAAUGGAUGCAGGAAGCAGAACACCACUAA